AGGCGGGGAGUUCCAGGUCCCGCCUCAGAGCAGACUUCCUGGUCGAGGGACUCCCCGAGUGAGCUGCAGCGGCGGAAACGGCAGCAGGGGACCCCAGAGCCAUGGGGCGCACGCGCGACGCCAUCCUAGAGGCACUGGAAAACCUGACCGCCGAUGAGCUCAAGAAGUUCAAGCUGAAGCUGCUCUCAGUGCCGCUGCGCGAAGGCUACGGGCGCAUCCCUCGUGGGACGCUGCUGACCAUGGAUGCCAUGGACCUCACCGACAAGCUCGUCAGCUUCUAUCUGGAGGCGUACGGGGCUGAGCUCACGGAGCUGGUGCUGCGUGACAUGGGCAUGCAAGAGACGGCAGAGCGGCUGCAGGAGAUCGCGUGCAAGGAACCUGGUGCCACACCAGCCCUGAUGAAGGCUCCUCCCCAGAUGGCAGCCAAGACAGCACUGCACUUCAUGGACCAGCACCGGGCAGCCCUCAUCGCACGGGUCACAGACGUGGAUGGGGUGCUGGAUGCCCUGUAUGGGAGGGUCCUGACAGAGGAGCAGUACCAGGCAGUGCGGGCAGAAACCACCAAUCCAGCAAAGAUGAGGAAGCUCUUCAGCUUUGCUCCAGCCUGGAACCUGACCUGCAAGGAUCUGCUCCUUCACGCCCUGAAGGAAACCCAGCCAUACCUGGUGGCUGACCUGGAGCAGAGCUGAGGCAUCUUGCCCAGCAGCCGCCCCCCACGUCACUGUUGGCAUUCCAGCCAAAUCGUCCUGAAUCUGAUCUGUUUAUACACAAUAUAUGAAAAACCAGCUUGCA